CAGUGUUUUCAAUCAAUCAGGCAGUAGAGAGACAUCUUGCUCCGGGUGCGAUAUCUGGCUGCACUCAGGUGGGCAAAUCGUGACGACAACAAACCCCUCCCCUUCAUCAUGACUCAGGCAUAGGACACCUCUCUUCCUUACAUCCUAUCAUACCUGAGGUGUCAGACAAGCAGGUUGUCAGGUGUAUGGAUAGUCUGGUACUAUCAUGGCUGAAGAAGGCUACUUUCUCUCCUGUUGUUGUGUCAACAUCAGUUAAAUGUAGCGAAGGUCGACACCCGUCCUGAAUAGGUCAAAACAAGACACACAGCCAAACCAUGGAUUACCUGAUUUACCACAAGCUGAUGAUGUCACGUCCUUUUUUCAGUGCACACGGCGUGACAAUUUGUCCCAGGAUGAGGAGAGGUAUUAGGGUGACACUGCUUUUGCUGCUGUCUGCAGCUGUAGAGUCCAACAGCAUGUCUCCGCCAGGGAAACCAGUCCUGCUUGGCUGCAGGUCCCCUGAGAAGGAGACGUUUACCUGCUGGUGGGAACCAGGCUCCGAUGGAGGGCUGCCCACCACACACCACCUGUAUUACGAGAGAGAAAGAUUGGAGGGAACAUACGAGUGUCCGGACUACCGGUCUGCAGGGAGGAACUCCUGUUUUUUUGACAAGAACCGCACCUCCAUCUGGGUCGACUACUACCUGACAGUGAUGGCCUCCAAUGCUCUCGGGAAUGCCACUUCCGACCCCUUUAAGAUAGACGUGAUGGAAAUCGUGGAGCCUGAUGCUCCUGAAAAUGUAACGCUGCUGGUGGAGAAGAGUGAGUACAGUCCAUAUCUCCAUGCCAGAUGGGAGCCUCCCUCUAACACAGACACCAAGUCUGGCUGGGUUACCAUUAAAUAUGAACUAAGAGUCCAACAAGAAAACAGCAACAAGUGGAAGGAGUACAUGUCAGGUACACAAACUCAUUUCAGCCUAUACGACGUCAGCCCUGGGGUGGUUUACACAGUGCAGGUGCGCUGCAAACUAGACCAUGGCUCCUGGAGCGAGUGGAGCAACAACACCUGGGUGAAAAUCCCUAACUAUCUUCCGAAUGAGGGACCAUUUUGGAUAUUGGUUUCUAUCCUCUCUGCAAUUCCAUUUAUAACAGCAGUGUGUAUCUUGGUCGUGAAGAGGAAAUCUGUGAAGCUGUGUGUUCUGCCCCCUGUUCCUGGUCCAAAGAUAAGAGGAGUUGAUGCUCAACUUCUGAAGAGUGGGGGAUCAGAAGACAUUGACAAUGCACUGAUCGUCAACCAGAGCUUUCCUCCUAUGGUGGCCUGGAAGGACCAGAUUGAAGAGUACCUAAUUGUGACUGAAAAUGAUGAUGGGCUUCCCACCAAUUCUCAAAAAAGGAAGAAAAGCUUGAUUAUUCCUGCUGCCUUCCACUUAGACUUGGAAAUCCAUUGUAAGGAGUCAACCCACAGCCAAAAUGACUGGGAGAAGUCUGAGGAAAUAAAUAAUGAACUAGAUAACACCAUCAAACCCUUUACAAACAGCAGUUAUGUGGAUAUUCAGAGACAUGUGGAAAACAUACAGGGGGUGGAUGUGAAACAUGUGGACUACAGCACAGUGAAAGAGGUCAACGGUGCAAAUGUUCUCAUCUUCAAUAAAGAAAAGGUCCCAUUUAAGAGCUCUGGCUACAUGGAUGUUCAGGAACAGGAACACAUGCCAAAGGACUACAGCAGGGUGAAAAAGGUGAAAAGUGACAAUGUGGUCUUCCUGCAGAAACAAAAUGCAUCACUUGACACUUCCUGUGGAGAGAAGGGAAACCACUACACAGACUGUCCCCUUCAGAAUCCAAUAAAACCUCAUGUGUGCACAGAACUCAUCGAUAGUGGAUAUGUAGAUACCACACCUGCACCACCUUCAAUGUAGAGUUUUACUUCUUACGCUGUCCUUUUGGUGUCCAGUGGAGGGCAGUUCUUGUGAUAUCAAGUUGAAUGUCUCAUGUCCAUGUGAUGGAUUGUCAUGACAUUUAAUACAGACGUUUAUGUUCUCCAUAGGAUGAAUCUGCAUAACUUGACAUGAGGUUGACAUUUUUGGUUUUGAGUUAAAUAUUUUGACAUCUUGUACUGAAUGUAUUGUUGUGACAUUUGCUACAUAUAUUCAAAGUCCCUAGAUAAUAAAGUUAAUAUUUCUAAAUAAUAUCAUCUAGCACCAUCAUCAUGUCAGAAUUCCAAUCUGUCCAAUACUAAAAUAAGUACAAUUUUAAAUGAAGUGACAUAUUAUAAUAUAAGCAACAAGCAAAUAUGGUCAUACUUGCUCUAAGAUUGUGCUUACAUUUGAUCCAGUUAAACUGAAGAUUUAUCUGGAAGAAAAAUGACUGCACAGUCUAAUCAACCAAACAGUUUAUUAAGUCUGCAAGAUACUAAAAAAUGCAACUGAUUUUCAAAGAAUGAUUGUUCCUAUAACUCAUUUGACAUACUGAAUUUCACCCAAAAUGUUACACAGGAUAUAUCCUUUUUGAAAAUCUUCAUUUCUUAAUUGAUUUUUUAAAAAUGUAUUCAAGUAAGGACUUUGAAACAACUAAUCAAUUGUGUAUAUUUUUUUACUUUGAGACUGAACAUUUUGCAUAGUGCAGUUUAAACCCAGAAUUAUUUUUGCUGCCUCAGUUUAAGGACAGAAGCUUAAAGAGUAAACCUGCAUUUUGUUUUUGUUUUCUGGUAUAUUUGAACUAUGGUUUUAAAAGUUCUCAUGGAAGAUGUUUCUUCUUUGCUUUCACCCAAAUAAACUAAAUGUUGGAGUAAACUGAGUUUUAGAUACAACUGAAAUAUUUUUCAAGAUUAUUUAUUCAGGUCAGAAUUCAAUUAUUUACUUUUAUAUAUAUAUUGACAAAUGUUAAUUUAAAAUUACAAAAAUAUCCAAUUUUUUUUUUUAUUUCCUUGUUUCUUUAUCUAAACAGAUCUCUGUGAUACUGGGAUACCUCAGGGAAGCGUACUCUGUCCACUUCUCUUCCUCUUGUUUAUUAAUAACCCACACUCAAAGUAAACACUGCAUUUGUCCUCUUUAUGCAAAUUACACUUUACAUAUAUUGAGGAAAGAAAAAUCAACUACAGACUGUCCUCUGAUUUUAAUUUCAUAUUUAACAUGCAACAACUGAACUAUCUGACUAUUAAUGCAUAAAAAUAUUUGAAUCUCCAUUCUCCUAAGACAUCUAUAUUCCCUCUUACAGUCAGAGUUUAUAUUCAAGGAUUUAUAAAAGCAAAAUCAGAAAAUAUAUCAUUAGUUUUCAUCUUACUUCCUUUGUUUCAAAUCAUUGUGCAGUUUUAAAUUCCCAUUGUUUCACAGUUAGUUCUCUCACUACCACAGAGCUUAUUCAACCAUUUAAUAGUAGAGCAUUUAAAGAAACAGUUUAAAGUAUGGGAAAUACGCUUAUUCACUUUCUGGUAGGGGAAUUAGAUGAAAAAACUGUAUACCUAUCACAUUUCUGUAUAUCAUAACAAUAACUUUACACUGUAUAGCACAUGAUUUAUAUAGCACCUUUAAAAACCAAGUUUACAAAGGGCUUCGGCAGACAAGUGAUGCAAAAGAGGUCAGUAAAGUGUAUGUAAUGUAAGACUACCAUCUUCUCAUCUAACUCUCCAGAAAGUGAAUAAGCAUAUUUCCCAAAAUGUCAAACUUUUGCUGUAAGAUUUAUGUGAAAUUUAGGUUGUGUAGAGACUUUUUAACUGAGAAAACGCACUUAACUUUUAAAUCAAGUCAAGUUAACAGCAGGCAAUGCUUGUUAACAUUAUUUGCUAAUCUUCCUAUUAAAAGAAAAUUAAAUGCUACCAUU